UUGUCAGAGAAGCGUUGCGGUCUAAGGUCAUAUAUUGUCACGCAACCUCAAUUUUCUGCUGCGGGAAAGCUCAAAAAUGAAGUUUUGCCAAAUGAUGUUGUGGAUGCUAAAUAUAUUCUUGGAGUUUCUUUAGCACACGAGGUAAACAAGCGAAUACCCUGAGAAAGUCAAUGCAUGUUGGAAACAAGCAAGCUGACACUCUUUUUGAGCAACGACGAACCUGUCAGUCAAGAAAAAGAAAAAGCGAGCCAGUCAGUCUUCUUGGCCAUGGCUGACUCUGCUCUGACUCAUAUAGAAGCCAAUAGACGUGAGAACCGAGACGAUUUAGUACCCAUGGUGAGAAGAUGCUCCCCAUGUUUUUUAUGUGGCACCAAUUGCCUCAUUUGCCAAAGGGAUGGGACAAAUCCAAAGAAAAGCCAAGCUCAGACGUCUCCUACAGCCCUCGUGACCCCGGGUGCCCUCCUCGACGAGUCCAGGAUUGGACAUUUUUCAUUUUGUCAGCAUCCCGCAUGUUCUAGUUCCUCGUCUUGGCCAGGGUCUGAGGGCUCAACUGUAUCCAUCCAGAGUGUCUACUUUUGCAGUGAGCCUUGUCACUUGAUCCACAAAGGAGAGGAGGGCAAAUCCAAUUCAAACUUGAGGGACUCUCGAGCUCAUAGUGAGGGUCAAAAGAAUCCAGACUGCUCACCAACCAGUUCCUACGUUGAGAAACCCAUCUGUUGUCGUGCUUUCGCUAUAGCCGAAAACUCAACUGUAGGCCGUUUUGUGGUGGCCACUAGAGAGGUCCGACCUCUAGAAACGGUUCUGGAGGAUUUUCCCGUUGUAAUUGCUCCACAAAGCCAGCCGGUGUGCCUAGUGUGCUUGAAGAAAGCCAGAAAUUUGAAAUUUGCCUGUCUACUGUGUUGGUUUCCCACGUGUUCCGAAGAGUGUGUUCCGCUGCAUCAAAACCUACCCGAGUGUGCAAUUUUCAGCCAGAAACCAGGUUCUGGUCCAAAAUGCGAGGAAGAUUUAAACCAGUCCUCCAUAGCUUAUGCUAGUGUGGGGGUUAUUCGCCUUUUGGAUUUCAUCGCCGAAACCAAUUCCGAACAUGGCAAAAACAAUGACAAUAACAACAACAACAACAAUCCAACGCACAGGAGGGAUUGGUUGCUUCGUUUAAUGGAUCAUAUCCCAGACAUCAAACUUGAUCCGACCCAUUGCCAAUACCUCGAGGAAAUAGUCCAAUUCUUAUCCGGGGUGUUUCCGUCUGAACGGGUGGAACGUGCCUAUGGGAUCUUGAGGGUCAACUCGUUUGGCUUCACCACUCCACAAGGAGGCGAUGGUCGGGCUCUGUAUCCGCUAGUGGCUUUGAUGUCUCACUCCUGCCAACCCAAUGUCCAGCACGUUCAAAGCGGAAGUGACAGCCGAGUGAAAUUGGUGGCUCAACGCUUGAUCAAGCCCGGCGAAGAAAUGACCAUAAGCUACAUCAACACCUUUCAAGGGCCUCUUGAGCGACGUCGAUCUUUAAAAGAGCAAUGGUUUUUUGACUGCUCUUGCUCAAGAUGCGAAGAUAUUAGUGAUGGUGGUCUAUUCUCGCAUGCGGUUCUUUGUCAAAAAUGCUUCGAUCGAGUUUUACCGCGCGACCAGCAAAACCCAGCCACCACAUGGAUUUGCCAGGGCUGCCAGACACAAUAUGCUGCCAACUACGCCAAGGACCGAGAAAUCCAAGUGGCCAAAGAAUGGGAGAAUGAGGCCAUGGACCGUGCCAAUAUUAAGCAAUGUGAGGAUUUCAUCCAAAAAGUCGAGAGCCAAUCAUUGUCCGAAUUCAACCACUUUCUUGUCAAAAUCAAAUCUCAUCUGGCUGUCCUUUAUACCGUGAGAGAAUCGGCGGAAACACUUGCUAACAGGCCAAUUUUGGAGAGGAGGGUCGAGCUCUGUCAAUCCAUUAUCAAAUACCUGUAUCAUAUGGACAAGGGUCAGACCAAAAAAUUGGGAGUUUUCCUCCUCGAGUUGAACAAGCCCAAAAUGCGAUUGGCCAAGCUCAACUUUGACCAAGGACUCUCGACUCGAAAAGAGUAUUUGAAAUCUUUGGCUGAAGGAGCUCGAACGGAGACUCAAGCCAAAAACAUGAUUGGUCGGUACAAACUUGUGAAUUCAUUUGCCAUCAAAUCGGAGGCGUGUAAAUAUGAACAUCAGUAAUGCUUGUCCAUUGGAGUCCAACAUACAUGUUAAGUCAUAUCAAUAAAGUAGCGCCAGUUCGAUCUGGUUCAAACCAGACUGGCUCUUCGCUUAGUUCUGGCAACCAUCGGAUUGAUCCAUCGACAGGUAGAUAG